CUCUAGGUAAUCUAGAUAACCUAUCUCUUCCUGUAGACAUAACAAAAGUGGUAACGAUUCCAAGUGUUUCAAUAUCUUCAUUUGACAUUGCUAAGUUUUGAUUAAUAUUACUGCUUUAAAAAUAAUAAAAUGACAGUUGAUUCAUCUAAAAUGAUUCCUGCAUUUUACGCAGGACAAAGUAUAUUUUUAACGGGUGCAACAGGAUUUCUGGGAAAAAUGUUAAUUGAAAAAAUAUUACGAUCUUGUCCAGAUGUUCGUGAAAUAUUUCUGUUGAUACGUCCCAAAAAAGGAUUAAGUGUUAAUGAAAGACUCGAGAAAUUAUUAAAUUUACCGUUAUAUGACAAAUUGCGUGAAGAGCAUUUUUCGAGUUUUGAGAAAAUAGUUCCAAUUUUUGGCGAUACCAGUGAGAAAGAAUUAGGUUUAUCGAUUACAGACAGACAAAUGCUGAUUGAAAGAGUGACUAUAAUAAUUCAUGCAGCGGCAAGUGUGAGAUUUAAUAAUAGUUUAAAAUAUGCCAUUUGUGCUAAUACCAGAGCAACAAGAGACAUCUGUAUUUUAGCUCAGAAUAUGAAGAAUUUAAAAGCAUUAGUGUACGUUAGUACAGCAUUUGCACAUGUGAAUGAACCAUUCGUAGAUGAAAAAGUGUACCCGCCAAUAGCUGAUUGGCAAAAGAUAAUUGAAAUAAUCGAGACAUUGGAUGAACAUACUUUAGACAUUUUUUCGGCUAAGUGUUUAGAUUAUGCACCCAACACAUAUAUUUUUUCGAAGAACCUAGCGGAGAGUGUAGUACAGGAAUAUUCUUCCUUCUUGCCUUGUGCGAUUGUGAGACCAUCUAUUGUGGGGCCAUCGUUAUAUGAACCUAUUCCAGGAUGGAUAGAUAACGUUUAUGGUCCAAUAGGCAUUUUCAUUGGUGGCGGAAAAGGAAUAUUACGAGUAGCCUACUUAAAUAAAACUGCUGAACAAAAUCUCAUACCAGUAGACAUUGUCACCAGAGCUAUACUAGUCGUUGUUUGGAAGUUGGGAUUAACCACCUCUAUCACAGGUUCCUCAUCUUUUGUUUUGAAUUGUACAUCUGAACAUCUCAGGACAUAUGAACAAGAUAUAAAGAUAUUAUUCGAUACUUCAAAAAAUGAAAUGCCUAUGGAAGGAGUUCUUUGGACACCUCAUACGAUAUUGACUGAUAAUUUUGUUCAAUUCUAUACAUUAACAAUAUUAUUGAACAUUCUGCCAGCUAUAUUAAUAGAUCUGAUUUUAAAAUUUUCUGGGCGUCGACCUAUGUUAUUUCAACUGUUAAGAAGAAUAUAUGUGGCCAAUUGUGCUGUGAGUUAUUUUUCGUUUCAUAAUUGGAAAUACAGCAAUGCAAAUAGAUUAUUUCUGAUAUCUUUAAUACCACCUGAAAACCAGGAGAAAUUUUUUUUUGGUUCUUUCGAUGUAAUAAAAAGCAAUUAUGUUGUCAAUAGUAUCAGGGGUGUAAAACAAUUUCUUCUUCACGAAGAUGUAAAUCUUCGUAAAUUGGAUGCAGUCAAAGCAUAUAAUAAAAGAAUGUAUCUGCUUGUUGGAGUGAUAAAAACUAUCAUCUAUAUCGGUGUACUUUGGUUUAUAUAUAGACAGAUCUAUUUUUAUACAUUAUAAAUAAUAAUAUCUAUAAAAAAGUUGAUUAA